UGUACGGCGGCCGUGGAGGGACAAACCCAGUGCAUUUUUUUGGCGCGGCCUAAGUUGAGUGAGUGCAACCUCGGAGUAGAGUUCCCGGAGAAGCCGGUAACUGAGUGAACAUGAGCGGUAAGAGGAAAGGGGAGCAGUGCGAUCCCCUGCUGACAUGGAUGCAGACGUUCGGGGUCUCUGGCCCCUGCAGCUCGUAUGAGGACCUGACCGGGGGGGUCGCUAUCGCCCAAGUCCUGCGUCUCAUAGACCCCACGUGGUUUAACGACGCCUGGCUCAUGAGAAUUAAGCAGGAGAUCGCCGACAACUGGAGACUAAAGGUCAGCAAUCUGAAGCGGAUCCUACAGAGCGUUCUGGAGUAUUAUCAGGAUGUUUUGGGACACCCCGUUUCAGACGAUCACAUCCCCGACGUUGCCCUCAUCGGGGAAUUCUCCAAUACGGCCGAGCUGCGGAAAAUGGUGCAGCUCGUCCUGGGCUGCGCCAUCAGCUGCGACAAGAAGGAAGAGCAUAUCCAGCAGAUAAUGACCCUAGGGGAGUCUGUCCAGCAAGCCGUCAUGGAGUCCAUCCAGGAGCUCCUGAGCAAGGAUCCACCGGACGCCGUGACGGGUGACACUUAUGUCAACUAUGACAGCCAGUCUCGUAAAUAUUACUUCCUCAGUGAGGACACAGACGAGAAAAAUGAGAUUUUACAGCGCUGUCACGAGUUAGAGCAGCAGGUGUCGAUGCUCAUGGAAGAGAAGAAAUCUCUGGUGUCUGAAAACAGAGCUUUGAGAGACCACCAGGAGCAGAGCGAGGGGAGCCCGGGUACUCCCCAAAUGUUCAGUAAGAAGAUGCUUCUGUUACAGACUCAGAUAGAACAACUUCAGGAGGAGAACUACAGACUGGAGAGCGCGAGGGACGAUUACAGGCAGCGGUGCGAGGAGAUGGACAGGGAGGUGCAGGAGUUACAGCAGCGCAACCACGAUCUGACUGGACUGGCGCACGAGGCCCAAGCGCUGAGGGACGAGAUGGAUGUUCUCAGACACUCUUCCGACAGAGUAGGGAAACUGGAGUCCCUGGUGGAAUCCUACAAGAAGAAGCUGGAGGAUCUGGGAGACCUGAGACGGCAGGUGAAGCUCCUCGAGGAAAGGAACACGGUUUAUAUGCAGCGCACCUGUCAGCUGGAGGAGGAACUUCACAAGGCCCACGCGUCCCGCGCGCAGGUGGAAGGCCUCAACCGCCAGAUCCAAGAGCUGCACAAGAAGCACUCCGCCGAGUCCCUGAGAGCCGAGAAAUGGCAGUUUGAGUUCCAGACGCUAAAAGAAAAGUUUGAGUCUCUGCAGAAGGAGAGAGAGCGGCUUCUCGUGGAACGCGAUUCCCUGAGGGAGACGAACGACGAGCUGCGCUGUUCUCACCUUCAGCAGACGUGUCUGAUACAGUCAGAUGGGCUGCUCUCUGGGCCCACGCCACCAGUGGAGAACUUGGCAGCGGAGAUUAUGCCCGCGGAGCUGAGGGAGUCGGUGGUCCGCCUGCAGCAGGAGAAUAAGAUGCUGUGCAUCCAGGAGGCUUCGUACCAGGAACGUUUGUGCGAAAUCCAAAAUCUGCUGGAAGAAUCAAGCCGAGCCAAGAACCGGCUGGAGAGCGAGAACCGACUGAACCAGCAGCAGAUGCACGAGCUCCGGGCCCAGAUCGAAGAGCUCCAGAGACAGCUUCGUGAGCAGGGCAGCCGAGCGGAGGAUUCAUCGCUACUGAAACGGAAACUGGAGGAACACCUGGAGAUGUUACACAGCGCCCACUCGGAGCUGCAAAAGAAGAGAGAAUACAUCGAAAGACUGGAGCCGAAAGCCGACCUAAACAUGUCGCGCAAGGUGGACGAGCUGCAGCAGGUCCUGCGCCAGAAGGAGGAAGACAUGAGAGCCAUGGAGGAGAGAUAUAAACGCUACGUGGACAAAGCCAGAACGGUUAUUAAAACGCUUGAUCCAAAACAGCACAAUUACAUCCCGCCAGAAAUACAAGCCUUAAAGAACCAGCUACAUGAAAAGGAAAGCCGAAUCCGCCACCUAGAGAAUGAUUAUGAGAAGACGAAAUCUCAGCGGGACCAAGAGGAGAAGCUGAUCAUUACUGCCUGGUACAACAUGGGAAUGAGCCUUCAGCAGAAAGUCGCCGAUGAACGCACGCAGGCUCCUAAUGGCGCCCAGUCCUUCCUGGCCCAGCAGAGACUGGCUACCAACGCCCGCCGCGGGCACAUCUCCCGCUCCCAUUCUUUACUCCCCAGAUACGCGAAGUCGGACAACUCACAGAGUCUGUCCUGACAGGAGCGCAACCGGACGCUGUGG